GCCGUGUGGAGCUGCCUUCCCUCGCCUCAGUCGGGGAAACCUCUUCGCCUGCGAGAUGGGCGCCGGCCGGGCCGCGCCGGGCAUCCUAGCCCUGGCCACGGCUCUCUUGGCGUUUUGGCGCCGCGCCGAGGCGGGCUGCGCGGAAGAGGCGCGCUGCUGCCCGGGCCGGGACCCGAGCUGUGCCAGCAGCGGCUGGCGCGUCGACAGAGCCUACGGGACGUGCUUCUGCGACGAGGCGUGCAAGCUGACGGGCGACUGCUGCUAUGACUACGCCCAGGCGUGCCCAGCUCUUCCAUGCAUCGUUGGGGAGUGGAGUCACUGGAGUGGCUGCGCAGCACAGUGUAAGCCUAACUUCCGUAUGCGUACACGGAUCAUACAGCAGGAACCCAAAAAUGGUGGGGAGCCGUGCCCUCCAUUAGAAGAGAGAGCUGGAUGCCUGGAAUAUACUACCUAUGAGGGGCAGAAUUGUGGAGAUGAGCACGUUCCUGCUUUUAUAACUACUUCUGAAUAUAGCAAAGAGAGAAAAAAGAGAGCUGCAAAUCCAAGGUGGUCUUCAGAAACAGAGAAUUCUAGGAGCUAUUGUGUGGAAUUUAAAACAGAAACAUUGUCUCCUCGUUGCUCUAUGGAGAAUCGCCCAUAUGCUCGAUGGAUGCAGUACAUCAGAGAAGGAUUUACGGUGUGUGUAACCUGCCAGCCUCCAGCAAUGCACACUAGCAGCCAUCGCUGUUUUGGAGAUGGUGGUGAUGCAGAUGGGAAUAAAGUUCUUCACUGGCAAGCAGUUGGCAAUCCAUCCUGCCAUGGAACAUGGAAAAAAGUUCAGCAGCUGGAAGAAUGUUCAUGUCCUCUUGUACAUAGCUUUAUUUUUACGUAGCAGUUUGAACACAUAACC